UUUCCUUAAGCGAACAGUUCUUCUUAAGACAUUUAUUAUUAUGUUAUUAUAGUGGUAUUAUCUACUCAGCUGUAAGUUUGUAAAAUAAAAUAAAAUUCAGUGAAUUCUUUUUAAAUACAAGAUGAACAAUUCAAUCUUUGUGAUUGCUAUUGCAAUCGCAACUCUUCUUUCGUGUGCAGACGCUCAAAAUGAUCAAUGUGGAACGCUAUCGCCAAUGCCGAUACCCCUGGAUUCAGGAUCCGACAGCCCUGACAGCACUGAGCUGCCCUGGCAUGGUGCCGUGUACAAGAAGACCACUACCCCUUAUCAGUUCCGCUGUGCAGUUACUUUGGUCACGAAGAAAGUCGUUUUAUCAGCUGCACAUUGUUUCUGGGACGGGGUUAAGGAAACUGCACUGAAGGCUGAGGACUUCGCGGUGGCUCUCGGCAAAACACACCGGCCCUGGGCCGCCCCUGAAGACCAGCAUGCACAGAAAUCUGAUGUCGCUGAAAUAAAACUGCCAGCCCGUUUCCGUGGCGGUUUGACGAACUACCAGGACGACUUGGCAGUGCUGGUGUUGGCCAAGGAGAUCACCUUCAGUCCUCAUGUUCGACCGGUGUGUCUGGACUUCGACGUAAUCUUCGAGCGACAGCAAUUAAAAGAAAACUCCCUGGGGAAGGUCGCCAGUUGGGGUGGAAUAAAGCCGAGCAAAACUUACAAAGUCACCGAAAUGAUGUAUUUUCCUAUCGAGCAGUGUAUCGCUGAAUCUCCUCCAGAUUUCAGAGAGUUUCUAACUUCAGAUAAAAUCUGCACUGGAUUUACAAAUGGAACCGGCCUGUGCAGGGGUGAUGGUGGUGCUGGUCUCUCUUUCCCUUCCAUGGAGAGAGGCAGGACACGCUACUACCUCCGCGGUUUAGUUUCUACAGCGCCUACUUCAUCCGAGGACUUCUUGUGUACAGAGAACUCUUUACAAACGUACACUCAGAUAUCUAAGCACGAGCUAUUUAUUAAGGAAAACAUACGUACGUAGCAAAUUAAUCAACCCGGAAAGGGAUCGUAACCGUAUCAACGCGAGGCGGUCAGUAUUCUUUGUAUGAAACUCCAUACUGCAACGCACACUUCCGAUCCGUAACGUAAACGCCUCGCGGUUGACAGUUGCGACAACCCUUUUCCAAGUUGAUAAGUCUGCUAUGAUGACUUAAAUAUUGUUCUGAGUUCUUUUCUUCUUUAUUAUAAUGUAUUUUUGAUAGUAGAUUAAAAAACACACAAUAAUUAUAAGUAAAAUUUAGUUAUUCGCUCUCUCCAAU